GGCUCAGGACAGCACCGCUGCUUUCUGGUCGGCGCGCGCCCUGCUUCCAGCUCGCUAGAAGGCACUCGCUGCGGUGGCCGGUGCUUGCGGCCGGCGCUGCCGCCCAGCGCAGAGGGGAAGGGCCCAUGGCGAAGUCCAAGAACCACACUGGCCACAACCAGGUCUACAAGAACCACCGGAAUGGCAUCAAGAAAACCCGACGCCCACGGAAGAUGUCCAUGCAGGGCAUGAAUUGCAAGUUCGUCCGCAACCAGGCCUACGCCAAGCGCGGGAUGAAGUGCACGGCGGAGGAGAAGGAGGAGCGCCUGGCAGCGCAGAAGGAGGCGCAGAAAAAGAUCGAGGAGAAGAAGUCGGCCGCCAGGGAACAACGCCUGAAGGAGCUCCAGGAGGAGAAGGAUGCUGCAAUGCUCAAGGCCUCCAAGUCCAAGAAGUAGACGGCGGACUACUGAGACCCGGGCGGGCGCGUAGGGGCGGUUCUUCCUCACGUGGCCCUUCGGGGGAGGCCAGGUGCGCGGCUGCUGCAGUUGCGCAGCGAUCCAUCGGGUGACCCAAAGAGCGACGGUAGAGCGAAAGGCAUGGAAUGAAUGCGGCACGACCUGGAUCAGAGGUGGAGGUAAUGUAGCACAAUGCAACGCGUUGCAACGCAUUGUCCAACUAAGAGUGUUUUUCGUUGCCAUCCUGCCCCGCGACGCAAUACCAUGCGAUGCUGUACAGUGUCGUUGUCGGCUCUGCUUUGUGGAAUGGCGUUUUCGUGUCAGGACGCAUGCAGUUCGACGUUGCGCUGUGGUCUACAAAGCUACGCGCUCAUGUUGGCCAUGCAAUUCUGCGCUCUGGUGCGCUGUGUUUUUUUCGCUG